UAUGCAUCCACAUUUCCACAGCUAGCUCACCGUGUCGACCAUGGGAUGUCACGACGGGCAGCUCAUGACGAUGCCACCGGAUCUUGAACGUGCCACGAGUGCAAUCGUGCUAUGUACUGGCAAGCACGAUCGUUCAGUUCCAUUAGCUGGGGAUUCGUGCUGUCGCCAGGCUGAGACAUCGACCAUGUCCGAGUGUUCACUGCAACUGUCGCCGCCAUCCAAACCAGCGUCCCAGCUGUCGCUCAUGCUAUUCGUGUUCACUGGCAUCAUGGCAUCGUUCACAAUCAACGGCAUGGCGUUGGAAAGCCUGACAAACGUUCAUGCGAUUGGCGAGCAAUCUCUUACGAUGAUCACAGCGUUCCUGUACGCCGUCGUGGCCAUCGGACUCAAGAAGGUCUCCCAAGAACCAAAGUCCACUCUGCCAGCCAAACACUACAUUUUCCUGUCUGUGUUGAGCUACACAUCCACCUUGGCUUCGGUCCUUGCCCUUAGGUAUGUGUCGUUCAUCACACGAAUCUUGGGCAAGUCGUGCAAGUCCAUCCCUGUCAUGUUGCUGGGGGUUGUACUCGGCAAACGGUACGCAGUUAAAAAGUACGUGUCCGUGGUAUUCCUGUCCUUGGGGGUGGCUGUGUUUCUCGUUGGUUCGGCCCACCACAGUCCAGCCGCCACCCUCCAUUCCGCAUCGACCGCACAAGACAUCCAGCCUCCUCGCCCCGUGGACGCCGACCCCACCGACCUCGCCAUUGGCAUGGCGCUCUUGGUGGUGUCUCUACUUUGCGACGGCGCGACGGGGGCGCUCGAAGACAAGUACAUGCACGAUUAUGCAGUGGGAACAUUCGACCUGAUGUUUCAGCUCAGCGGGUACAAGGCGCUGUGGGCGGCUGUGGGCGUGGUCGCGUCGGGGGAGCUGCCCGACGUCAUGUCGACGGUGACGGUAUCCAUUAUGCCGCUGCUCGCGCUGAGUCUCAGUGGGGCCAUUGGUCAAGCCUUCCUGUUCUUCAGCAUCAACAAAUUCGGUGCGCUUACCACAGCGAUCGUUGGCACCGUGCGCAAAGUGCUCAGUGUGGCGUUGUCCGUCGUGUUAUUCCACCACGUUUUGAGUGGAAUUCAGUUGGUGGGGCUCGCAGUGGUGUUUGGCGCCAUUGGAUUGAACUGGGUUCGGUUCGAUGUUGGCGCAUGGGCGAAGUAUGUCUCUUGUCGCCGUGCUGGUCGCCCAGAAGGGCAUGACGCUGCGGGCCAAGACGAGGUCGAGAUGGUGCUGCUCAUGCCGCCAUCCAACACGGAAAGCCGUCCCUGCGAAACGACAUUGGAAUGCGACGAUGGGGUCAAUAUGAAUGGAGGAGUGGGUAAUGUCAAGGCCAUGCAAGCCCUGGUGCGAUGGGAUCAAGCGUCUGCCACCGCGACUCGAUCGUGCAGCUCUACCACGGCAGUGUAACUGUAAUUCAAAGACAAAACAUUAAACAACCUGACAUUCACAAGGGUACACUGGCACUCGAAUAUCAAGAAGCGCUGGUUUGGCUGAAAUGGUAGUUUUUUACAGUCAAAACAAUUCCAUCAUCAGACUUGGCCCUUCGUAAUUACAUGGGUCAAUAUAAUAUAUA